ACCACCACUACACCAACUACAACAACCACUACCCCAACUACAACCACCACUACGCCAACUACAACUACCACUACCCCAACUACAACAACCACUACCCCAACUACAACUACCGAUACACCAACUACAACAACCACUACCCCAACUACAACAACCACUACACCAACUACAACAACCACUACCCCAACUACAACAACCACUACGCCAACUACAACAACCACUACCCCAACUACAACAACCACUACGCCAACUACGACAACCACUACCCCUACUACGACAACCACUACCCCAACUACAACCACCACUACACCAACUACAACAACCACUACCCCAGCUACAACAACCACUACGCCAACUACAACCACCACUACGCCAACUACAACAACCACUAUCCCUACUACAACAACCACUACCCCAACUACAACUACCGAUACACCAACUACAACAACCACUACCCCAACUACAACAACCACUACACCAACUACAACAACCACUACCCCAACUACAACAACCACUACGCCAACUACAACAACCACUACCCCAACUACAACCUCCACUACGCCAACUACAACUACCGAUACACCAACUACAACAACCACUACCCCAACUACAACAACCACUACACCAACUACAACACCCACUACCCCAGUCAUAAAGAAGUAA